AUGACGCCCACCCAGGAGUUUUGCAAGGCCUUUCUUCCAGUGGUGGCAUCUACAGGUGAUGGCAAACAUCUGAAGUUCAUUGCCAGGACUGUGAUGGUACAGGAAGGAAAUGUGGAAGGUGCAUACAGGACCCUAAACAGAAUUCUCACCAUGGAUGGGCUCAGUGAGGACAUUAAGCGACGGCGGUACUGAAAGCCUUGUCGCCGACGACAGGAAAGCUAUGAAACCUGCCGGCGGAUCUACAACAUGGAAAUGGCUCGCAAGAUCAACUUCUUGAUCCGAAAGAAUCGGGCAGACCCAUGGCAAGGCUGCUGAGGCCUGUGGAUUGUAGGCCCAGUAUGAAAAUCCCUCUCCAGCUGUCUCCUUCCUAUCUCAAACCUCAUUUUUUCUCCCCUUUUUUAUAAUAAUAAACUCAAUCACAUAUAUGCAAGAAGGCCUGCAUAUAUAGAAGUAA